AUGGUUGCCUGCGACCAUGACUUCGCGACCCUGCUUAGCCACUGCCCUUUCCUGGAUGUGAACCAGCAGGACAAGGAGGGGGACACGGCCCUCUUCCUGGCCGUCUAAGCAGGCCAUGUGCCCCUGGUGAAUCUCCUGCUCAGCUCCUACACGGGCCUGGACCUGGAGCCCCGGGACCAGCGGGGGCUCACGGCCCUGAUGAAGGGUGCUGUGCGGGACCCCGCCGAGUGCAUGGCCACCCUCCUCAUGGCAGGUGCUGACCUGACAGCGGUGGACCCCAUUCGGGGCAAGUCAGCUCUGGAGUGGGCAGUGCUGACUGACAGCUUCUCCACAGCGUGCAGGAUCCGGCGGCUGCUGCAGCGGCCCCGAGUGGAGCAGCUCAGCCAGCACUACCAGCCAGAGUGGCCAGCCUUGCCCAGGCUGGUGGCCCAGGUGCAGAGGGCCCCGUCCCUGUUAGAGAAACUGCAGGCCACCUUGAGUCACUCCUUCCCCCAGGCUCCUCAGGAAGGGGGCGUCAUGGACCUCCUGGUGACCGUCACAACCAGCCUGGCCAGUCCCUUCCUCACCAUGGCCUGCCGCACCCUGUGUCCCGACCGCCCACCUGCACCGGGCACCAGAAGUAUAUCUGUGCCAGAGCUGCUGGGCACUGCCCCACCCCCACCCUUGGCCCCCAGCCGUCCCCAGCAGUCUAGUCCCCGGGUCUUUGCCCCUUACCAGAACCCUCAGGGCCUGUUGAACCUGUGCCCUCCAUGGCUAUACCCCACCGACAGUUGCAACCCCAGGAUCUUCCUCUCCCAGGCACCCUGGUCUCCUGGUCUGCACAAGCAGACCCCCAAGCCAGGGGGAAAUCGCAGACUGGCCCCUCCUGUCUGGCGGUACCAGGAGCUCAGGAUGGAGAGGAGGACGAGGAGGAGGAGACUUGGUGUGCGCCCAGCCUGGGGACAGCUGGAGGCCCAACCUGAGCAGGAACUCCUGGACUUCGGGUUGGGCAAUAUAUCCAGCAGGGGGCGCCUCUCUGCCUCGGAGAAGACCCACCUCCGUCCCCAGUCACCGGGGUAG